AUGGAUGUUAAUAUUCCUGGUAAUGCCACAUGGGCACAGAAUGGUGUGACUAUUGCUGGAGGUCACGGGAAGGGUGAUGCUACUAAUCAACUCAACGAGCCUUGUGGUCUCUUCGUUGAUGACGAUCAAACCGUGGUUAUUGCUGACUGGGGGAAUCAUCGUAUCAUACAAUGGAAGAAAGGUGACACGACGAAGGAACAAGUUAUUGCUGGUGGGAAAGGUCAAGGAAAUGGAUUGAACCAAUUGAAUCAACCAACUGAUGUAUUGAUAGACAAAGAGACGGAUAGUCUCAUUAUUUGUGAUCAAGGGAAUCGACGAGUUUUACGGUGGUCUCGUCGCAGUGGUACAACACAAGGAGAAGUACUCAUGGACAACAUCGGUUGUUUUGGAUUAGCAAUGGAUGAACAAAGAUAUCUCUAUGUCUCUAACAACGAAAAACAUGAAGUAAGACGAUAUCACUUGGGCGAGAAGAAUGGCACUCUUGUGGCUGGUGGAAAUGGCAAGGGUGUUGGACUCAAUCAACUUAGCAGCCCGCAUUAUAUCUCUGUCGAUCGACAACAUAGUGUCUACGUGUCAGAGCAUCUCAAUGCUCGUGUAACGAAAUGGAAUGAAGGUGCAAAAGAAGGCAUUGUGGUAGCUGGAGUUCAAGGCCAAGGGAAAGCUUUGGCACAGUUGAACAAUCCCAGCGGACUCUUUCUCACUGAAUCAGGCACUUUCUAUGUGACGGACUCGUGGAAUAAUCGUGUAGUGCGUUGGACUCCAGAAGCAAAACAAGGCACUGUAAUUGUGGGUGGAAAUGGGUCAGGAGCAGGAGCAAAUCAGUUCGACCUCCUCCGUAGCUUGUCUUUCGAUCGACAUGGGAACCUCUAUGUCGCCGAUAAAGAUAAUCACCGUGUCCAACGAUUUUCUAUCGAAUAG